AUAGGUAGUGUAUACGAAGUAUUUCAUAGCAAUGGGCUUAAUUACGAGACUUUUAUGACAAACAAUUCUGUUGAGACACUAUGGGAAGCAUUUAUAGAAUGCGCUAAAAAACUUACAAAAAAUAAGAA